AAUAUCCGUUAACACUCGAGAAAACACGGAAGUGUCAAAAGAAUCAGAUCUGUUUUUCGCCUAUCGAGGGAUCCGUCACAUGAUUGCAGGGAUAUGGAGGCGUUUUUCCCGGUGGCCUGAUUUAAACUGAAGCAAAAUCACAGUUAGAAGACUAUCAGCGGUUACGGCGUGGUAAGACGAGUUUAUGUCCAGCGUGCCUGCAGCUUCGGUUGCACUUUCUCUGCUUGUUAAGUAACGUUAGCGAGCGUGAGCUAACCAGUUAGCCAUCCAGCUGCAAGCUAACGUCAGCAUAUGAAGCUGAAGCCAGGGGCGGGGUUACAUCUUAACCAGCCACGCAGACUGAAGUGGGUCCUCACAGACAUGGAGAGACUAGAGGCUACAUCAGAGCUUCAGUCGCGGCUGUCAUCCCUGUCCUUCUCGUCGUUCCCGGGAAUAACAUCCAAACAGUGCGGCAGUCGACCGCUGGACAGGCUCCCGAAUACAGACCUUUCACAGAGCUUCACCCAGUCCCAAAACCAAGCUGACAUGGAUGAAAACGAGGAGGAUUCAAGACAACAUGCUGAGUGUAAUCAAGAGGCCCCUGCUGAGCUGACCCUUGGGGAAGGGGGCGAGGAGAACAGCAGUGCUGGGAGCUGUCAGCUCUCCGCUGAGAUAAAAGCCCAGAUGCCGCCCCUGAAACCCCCAACAACAUGGACAUCUGCUGCAAUGAAGGAGCUGAAGGCGAAGCUCCGGACAGAGGAGGACUGCGUGGUGACGGUGUACCGAGGCGACAUCAUGACAGUGCAUGUGCCCACUGUGCCUGAGGCCAAGAAAGUGUGCUGGGAGUUUGCUACAGACGGCUAUGACAUUGGCUUUGGCAUAUAUUUUGACUGGACUCCUGUGACGAGCCGGUCUAUCACUGUGCACAUCAGCGAAUCAAGUGAUGAUGAAGAUGAGGAGGAGGAGCUGGAAGGACCUGUCAGUAAUGGAGAUGUCGAAAAGGGCUCCAAAACGCAAAGCAACUCAAACUUGGCUGAAAUUUUACCUGUAUACCGCCAGGACAGUCACUUGUCUGUCAAUGGGGGGAGCCACGAUUUUCCAGGUGAAGGCACUUACCUCCUGAAGUUUGAUAACUCCUACUCACUGUGGCGAAAUAAAACUCUUUACUACCGAGUUUAUUACAGUGCCUGAGAUGCCAAUCUGUUGUUUUUGAAUGUAUACCUUACAGAAGAAUACUACUCUUAAGAAUGAUAAACUACUAUUUUUGAUUCCACAAUUUGGAAAAAGAUGUUAUAAUGUAAAAAAUAUAAAAUAAAAAUAUAGGCAUAUCUAUUUUUUAAUCACUGUCUGCUUGCGUGGCCACACCUUGAAUUUACGUAUGUGGUUAGAUAGUUGUGAAUGCAGCAUUUACUCUCUUGCUGAGAGAUAUUUGAAGCAGCCUUGCCUACGUAUACACUGUGUUAUUUGGUCAAGUACCUGUCAUAAAACAUAUAUUGUCUUCAACCGUAACAUUUCAAUGGUAGCAGUGAUCAGGGAACACCUACAGAGAAUAUAUUUCGCCAGUCCAGGUGCUUUAUCAACAGUGCUCUAAAACAAUCUUUUUGUUUUGUGUGUAUGUGUGCGUGCACCUUCUAUGAUUAUGUUGCUUUGUUGUUGUCACUCGUAUUUAUCCUGCUGCUUUGUAGCGUAACCUAUUUUUUUAAGGUGUUAAACUGAAUCAUAUAAUAGAGGAGAAUUAUAAUUAUAUAAUGCAAAUUCUGUGCACAGAGCUGUCUACUGUCAUCGUGAUGUUUUAGCAAAAGAUACAAGUUGAAUGUACUGAAGCAAGUGGUAACAGUUUUCCAAAGUGUGCUUUUUAUGACACAAAUAAAAGUCAUCCCUUAUCGCAUAAAGCUCUUAUUAUGUAAUAUAGAUUCAAUAUUUACAUUUACCUCACCUCCCUCCCCUUGAUUUGCUGUUUCGGACAUCGGGAGCUGUUGUAAUAUUUUACACAAAUGCAUUUUGUGCACAGGUCUAUGUAAGUAAAGGUUAGUGUGUUUGUUUUUGAAUAUCCUCAGUACUUUGGGCUCACAUGUUGUUCCAUCCUGUUUCUUAAAUCAGUCCAGUUCUGCCACACCUCACGUGAGCACAUGUUCCCAAAGAUAUGCCAGAUUUCAUUUGAUGUAGAGCUACUGGUUUAAAGCUUCCCAUGUUUGCUGUGUUGUACCUUUACUGUAAGUUUUGAUGGCAUUUGUCUUUGAAAUUUAUAUUCCGAAAUAAAGAGAAGAUUACUUAG